AUGGCCGAGUCCCAAGCGCAAACCGCCGACCAGGCGCUCGCCAAGCUGGGCUACAAGUCCGAACUGCCUCGUCAUCUGGGCAUGAUGUCCAUCCUCGGGCUCUCGUUCGCCAUCAUGGCCGUCCCCUUCGGCCUCUCCACCACGCUCUACAUCACGCUCACCAACGGCCAGUCCGUCACCAUCCUCUACGGCUGGGCCUUCGUCUCCCUCAUCUCCCUGUGCAUCGCCGCCUCCCUCGCCGAGAUCUGCGCCGUCUUCCCGACCGCCGGCGGCGUCUACUACUGGAGCGCCAUGCUCAGCAGCCCGCGCUGGGCCGCCCCCGUCAGCUUCGUCGACGGCUGGCUUGGCCUGAUUGGCAACUGGACCGUCACCCUGUCCAUCAACUUCUCCGGCGCGCAGCUCAUCCUGAGCGCAAUCUCCGUCUUCAACGAGGACUACGUCGCCAAUCAGUGGCAGACGGUGCUGUGUUUCUGGGCCGUCAUGCUGCUGCACGCCGCUAUCAACGCGUUUGGGUCGAGGUACCUGGACUUCAUCAACAAGCUCUGCGUGUACUGGACCGCCGCGAGUGUCGUCAUCAUCAUCGUGACCCUGCUUGUCAUGUGCAAGGACCGGCGGUCUGGUGAAUUUGUGUUCUCGCACUACGAUGCGUCGGGCAGCGGCUGGCCGGCAGGCUGGUCCUUCUUUGUCGGCUUGCUCCAAGCCGCGUAUACGCUGACUGGCUACGGAAUGGUGGCCGCUAUGGCCGAGGAGGUUCAGAAUCCCGAACGCGAAGUACCCCGAGCCAUUGUCCUCUCUGUUGUCGCCGCAGGCCUCACCGGUCUCGUUUACCUCGUUCCCCUGCUAUUCGUCCUUCCCGACGUCAGUAUGCUCCUCGAGGUUGCAAACGGCCAGCCAAUUGGUCUGUUAUUCAAGACUGUCACCGGUUCCGCAGCGGGUGGCUUCGGUCUGCUCUUCCUGAUCCUCGGCAUUCACUUGUUCGCGGGCGUCGGUGCCUUGACAGCUUCGUCCCGAUGCACGUACGCAUUUGCCCGUGACGGCGCCAUCCCAGGGUACAAGCUCUGGAGCCGCAUCAACCACCGCCUCGAUAUGCCACUAUGGGCGCUGGGACUGUCAACCGUUGUAGACUGCCUCCUUGGAUGCAUCUACUUUGGUUCCUCGGCCGCCUUCAACAGUUUCACCGGUGUAGCGACGAUCUGCCUUUCCGCCUCCUACGCCGUCCCCGUAGGAGUGAACCUCGUUCAGGGCCGCAAGGCCGUCAAGAACUCGCCAUACCCCCUGGGCAAGCUGGGCCCCGUGAUCAACUCGGUCUGCGUCGUGUGGAUCUUCUUCGCCCUCGUCAUCUUCUGCAUGCCCGUGUCGCUGCCGGUGGACGCCAGCACCAUGAACUACGCGUCCGUCGUGUUCGCCGGGUUCGGCACCAUCGCCGUGGUGUGGUACGUCGCGUACGCGCGCAAGAACUUUACCGGGCCGCCGGUGACGAGGGAGGAGAUCAUGGGGGAGUCCACGGGCGUCAGGAUUGACUCGCCGCCGGAUGCAGAGCACGAGAAGAAGUUGGAGACGUAA